CCAGCGGCCUUACUCUUAUCAGACAUUCGCAGGCACUUACACAGAGUUGACCUUCGGAUUACUCUCGCUGGGUAUUGCAAACGCCUUGAGCAGUGAGGAUAACACAUCUGAGGAAGAAAGUGAAGAAGACGAGAGCAAAAUGGGAAGCGAAAACGUAACCAGCCCAAGCCGACAUCAGGUCGACAUCAGGUCCCGCUGGAAACCACCUCAUUUCAACUUCACGCAUGACAUCUCUUCCGUUAUAAAUUCCAUACGGCAAGGAAAGGGCGCCCCAUCCACGUCACCGCGUACGUCAGGGCUGAUAGUGCCAGUGGUGUCGGCGGGGUUGGUGCUGCUGGUGAAAGUGCUGGUGGUGCUGGUGGUGUUCCGCUGCAUGCGACGACGGAGAUCAGUGGUACCUGUCUCUGAGACCAGCCAUCCCCGCGACCCUGAUCUGGCCACGCCCACAAGAGCUUCAGUCCACGGCAUUGAGAACAGCCUGUACGAGCCAGUCGAGCCUUUCAGCGGCCUUCAGACACCCGCCGCCGGGGGACACCAGCAGGGGCAACAGUACAUCAUUGAGAACACCCUGUACGACCCUUUCAGCGGCCCUCAGACACCCACCGCCGGGGGACACCAGCAGGGGCAACAGUACAUCAUUGAGAACACCCUGUACGACCCUUUCAGCGGCCCUCAGACACCCGCCGCCGGGGGACACCAGCAGGGGCAAGAGUACGUCAUUGAGAACACCCUGAACGAGCCUUUCAGCGGCCCCCAGACACCCGCCGCCGGGGGACACCAGGGGCAAGAGUACGUCAUUGAGAACACCCUGUUUGAGCCUUUCAGCGGCCCUCAGACACCCACCGCCGGACGUUAGGGGCAAGAGUAGGCCUACGUCAUUGAGAACACCCUGUAUGAGCCUUUCAGCGACCCCCAGACACCCGCCGCCGGACAUUAGGAGCAAGAGUAGGCCUACGUCAUUGAGAACACCCUGUAUGAGCCUUUCAGCGGCCCUCAGACACCCGCCGCCACAUAGAAACACGACAGCAACAUAGAAACACGACAGCCACAUAGGAACAAGACAGCCACAUAGAAACACGACAGCCACAUAGAAACACGACAGCCACAUAGGAACACGACAGCCACAUAGGCACACGACAGCCACAUAGAAACACGACAGCCACAUAGGAACACGCAGCCACAUAGAAACACGACAGCCAUAUAGGAACACGCAGCCACAUAGAAACACGCAGCCACACAGGCACAUGACAGCCACAUAGGAACACGACAGCAACAUCGAAACACAACGGCCAUAUAGGAACAAGACAGCCACAUAGGAACACGACAGCCACAUAGGAACACGCAGCCACAUAGAAACACAACAGCCACAUAGGAACACGACAGCCACAUAGAAACACGACAGCCACAUAGGAACACGCAGCCACAUAGAAACACGACAGCCACAUAGGAACACGACAGCCAAAUAGGAACACGACAGCCACAGAGGAACACAACAGCCACAUAGAAACACGACAGCCACAUAGGAACACGCAGCCACAUAGAAACACGACAGCCACAUAGAAACACGACAGCCACAUAGGAACACGCAGCCACACAGAAACACGACAGCCACAUAGAAACACGACAGCCACAUAGAAACACACAGCCACAAAGAAACACGACAGCCACAUAGGAACACAACAGCCACAUAGGAACACACAGCCACAUAGAAACACGACAGCCACAUAGAAACACGACAGCCACAUAGGAACACGCAGCCACAUAGAAACACGACAGCCACAUAGAAACACAACAGCCACAUAGGAACACGCAGCCACAUAGAUACACGACAGCCACAUAGAAACACGACAGCCACAUAGGAACACGCAGCCACAUAGAAACACGACAGCCACAUAGGAACACGCAGCCACAUAGAAACACGAUAGCCACAUAGAAACACGACAGCCACAUAGGAACACGCAGCCACAUAGAAACACGACAGCCACAUAGAAACACGACAGCCACAUAGGAACACGACAGCCACAUAGGAACACGCAGCCACAUAGAAACACGACAGCCACAUAGGAACACGCAGCCACAUAGAAACACGACAGCCGCACAGGCACACGACAGCCACAUAGAAACACGACAGCCACACAGGCACACGACAGCCACAUAGAAACUCGACAGCCACACAGGCACACGACAGCCACAUAGGAACACGCAGCCACAUAGAAACACACAGCCACAUAGAAACACGAGAGCCACAUAGAAACACGACAGCCACAUAGGAACACGACAGCCACAUAGGAACACGACAGCCACAUAUAAACACGACAGACACAUAGGAACACACAGCCACAUAGAUACACGACAGCCACAUAGAAACACGACAGCCACAUAGGAACACGCAGCCACAUAGAAACACGACAGCCACAUAGGAACACGCAGCCACAUAGAAACACGACAGCCACAUAGAAACAUGACAGCCACAUAGGAACACGCAGCCACAUAGAAACACGACAGCCAAAUAGAAACACGACAGCCACAUAGGAACACGACAGCCACAUAGGAACACGCAGCCACAUAGAAACACGACAGCCACAUAGGAACACGCAGCCACAUAGAAACACGACAGCCACACAGGCACACGACAGCCACAUAGAAACACGACAGCCACACAGGCACACGACAGCCACAUAGAAACUCGACAGCCACACAGGCACAUGACAGCCACAUAGGAACACGCAGCCACAUAGAAACACACAGCCACAUAGAAACACGACAGCCACAUAGAAACACGACAGCCACAUAGAAACACGACAGCCACAUAGGAACACGACAGCCACAUAGGAACACGACAGCCACAUAGAAACACGACAGCCACAUAGGAACACGCAGCCACAUAGAAACACGACAGCCACAUAGGAACACGACAGCCACAUAGGCACACGACAGCCACAUAGAAACACGACAGCCACAUUGGAACACGACAGCCACAUAGGAACACGACAGCCACAUAGGAACACGCAGCCACAUAGAAACACGACAGCCACAUAGGAACACGCCGCCACAUAGAAACACGACAGCCACACAGGCACAGGACAGCCACAUAGAAACAAGACAGCCACAUAGAAACACGACAGCCACAGAGGAACAUGACAGCCACAUAGGAACACGACAGCCACAUAGGAACACGCAGCCACAUAGAAACACGACAGCCACAUAGGAACAUGCAGCCACAUAGAAAUACGACAGCCAUACAGGUACACGACAGCCACAUAGAAACACGACUGCCACACAGGCACACGACAGCCACAUAGAAACUCGACAGCCACACAGGCACACGACAGCCACAUAGAAACUCGACAGCCACACAGGCACACGACAGCCACAUAGAAACUCGACAGCCACACAGGCACACGACAGCCACAUAGAAACUCGACAGCCACACAGGCACACGACAGCCACAUAGAAACUCGACAGCCACACAGGCACACGACAGCCACAUAGGAACACGCAGCCACACAGGCACACGACGGCCACAUAGGAACACGAAGCCACGUAGAAACAUGACAGCCACACAGGCACACGACAGCCACAUAGGAACACGCAGCCACACAGGCACACGACGGCCACAUAGGAACACGAAGCCACGUAGAAACAUGACAGCCACACAGGCACACGACAGCCACAUGUGUGUGUUUAUAAAUUGAUGUACUGUACCAUGAAAAAUGAAGGAUUAUUUUCUAAUGUAUCUCCUGAAUACAGAACUAAAAGUUCUUUAAUGGCCUUACAGUUACUUUUCAAGAUUUUUCUUCUUCAUAUAAAGAGGUGUGGUUAUAAACCAGCCAGUAUAUAUUAAAGGCUGUUCCACUACAGUUUUCAAACUGUGCAUUGAAAGCUCUUCUAUGUUAAUCCCAAUUAUACAAUGGACAUCUUUAAUUAAUAUUUUGAAUCUGUAUAUUUCAGUAUCACACAGUGAUACUGAAAUAUAGUGAUAUUGUGACCUGUUCUGGUUCAUUUCCAAAGUAUUUUGUUCACUGAUGUCUUUUUUUUCUGUGUGUUAAUGAUUUACUGUAGCUAGUAAUGCAUUAGUCUUAAGCAGUUCACUGCCGCCCUGCAGGAGUGCUUGGGCCAAAGUUUUGGCCUAAGACCUGCAACCCAGUGUAUUCCUCUUCGGCCUUUAUUUUAGCGGCGUGCCUCGCUCACAUCGGCGUUCAGUUAUCGCCGAGCGGUUACGAUCCAUGAUUUCCAUGCUCCUGUGAAGGGCAGCCCCUCACGGCCCUGCCUCUCCUGCUGCGGAAAGAACCUAACUGAAUGAUUGUUGCGAUAACCACAACGAGGGUCACACGGCACCGCAAUGUGACGGAAUAUGAAAAACAAUAAAUGUACUUGACAAACAA